AUGUCGGCCAGUACCAACAGGAUGCCCCGAGAUAAUAUGUUCAAACGAGGAUACGUAGCCUGCCUGGGUUGCCGAAGUCGGAAGGUCAAAUGUGUCCUCGGUCAAGGGCCACCAUGUGCGAAGUGUCUUCGAGAACACCGCGAGUGCCAAUUCCAGCCCCAGAAGAGAGCUGCAAGACAUAGAGAUGCGCCAAAAUGGGCUACCCCGCAAGAGAAUGCCCAGCAAGCAGUAUCCCCAGUGCAACAUGGAGGAAAUAGGAAUAGUCAUGCCUUGUCAUCCGACCGCAGCAAUCCUACUACGGAAAUUUGGAGUCAGGCGGAGACAGAGGAGCCCUUGCUCACUCCUUCUAGGGAGGAGAGUCAGUUUCAUGCCCAGCCUUCUGCCUCUAAUAGCGAGGUGUCGCUAGUAAGCCCGAUGAUGUCUACAAUUAUGUCCAGACCCAGUGAUGCCCUAGGCGUCCUCUUCGAGGCCGCUCAAGCCAACGCAUCGCCUCCGAAAACUCGAACAGAUAUCCAGGUUCCGCAAUCACACGCAUCAGCUCCUACUUAUUCAAUGUCUCUAAGCAACGUUUCCACCAGCGGUCUUGUUUCAGUACCUGGGCUAUCACAGCCUAGCGAUGAUGUACUCGAUUUGUGGGACAAGUGUCGCUUUGUUCGCCAGGGAUGGUUUACAGCCCAAGAAGCGGUAACAUAUAUAGACCUGUAUCAUGGGCAUCUUGCACCGCUUACGCCUGUUGUGACAGAAGCAUACCGAGAGCAUUCAAAUCACGACCGGCUUGUUAUUGAAGAGCCAAUGCUAUGCUGUACACUUCUCAUGGUUUCAUCUAGAUUCUUUAUCUUACCAGGUGCUGGUGGAAUCUCUCGGAGUCAUUUUAUACACCAAAGACUUUGGCAGUAUUGUGAACUACUUAUCCGACGUAUAAUGUUCGGACAAGAAAAAUACUCUACAGCAAAGACAAGGAUAGUGGGGUCGAUAGAGAGUCUCAUCUUGCUAUCCAAUUGGCAUCCUCGAUCAGUUCAUUUCCCCCCUGAAACUGAAGGCUGGGACAGUGAACUGAUAUCUCCCAACUAUGAUCGUCGAAAUAGGAUUCAGACAUCAAGAGAAGUGCCCCUCAUAAGAUGGAGAGAAGAUGUUUUUGAACCUGCCAAGAGAUCGGAGCGAUUAUCUUGGAUGCUUCUGGGAGCUGCGUCAAGCUUAGCAUAUGAACUGGGUAUUUUCGCAGAUACGUCUACUUUCACGGACCCUCAUCAAGUGGCACGAAUGUACCGUGCCAGGAAAUUACUUUCUAUCCAUAUCAUUCAGGCAGCUGUGACUAUGGGUUGUGCAUCUAUCGUACCGGAAAAUGUCUCCUUGGCGACCUCCACCGCACAGCAGGAAGCGCAGAAACACAUCGAUUUAAAAUGGGACAGUUAUGUCAAUUCACUGACAGAAUUAACAAGGCUAAUAAAGACUGCCUCUGCCAUGUUCUUCCAAUCUACACCAUAUAUCAAACAGCAGUUGCUAUCAGGUCAAUACAGUAUUCUCUUGGAACACUUUGCGCCUUCUUUGGCUCGAUGGCACGACGAAUUCGUUGCUUCUACGUCAAACAUACCAGCUCAAUUGGUUCCUCUGAUAUUGAUCGAGUACCACUAUUUAAAGACUUACACCAGUGCCCUUGCCAUUCAGGCUGUGGUCGAAAGGGCAAUAUCACGAGGAGCUAGUAAAUUUGACAAGACAGGAAAUGAUAUUUUGGCAUCGUGCAUUCUGAAUCAAGACCACAAAUUCAUUCGCGAUGUCAUAUAUGACAGUACAAGAAUAUUGGACCUGGCCACUUCCAUGGCCGCACAAUCAAUCUUGAGAUAUACUCCCUUGAGGAUUGUUGUCUGCGUUGCUUCUGCGUCUGUCUUUCUUUUGAAAGCAUUAAGUCUCGGAGGCACUAAUGCAGAUUUUAAAACAGCAAUUAACAGCUUACACCGAUGUAUUGCAGCGUUAAGGUCCUCUACGGUUGAUGACAUGGACUUUUCAAUACGAUAUGCCACACUAAUCGAACGAUACGUGGCACGAUUUUGUGCAAACUUUACUCCUCGGGCAACUAACAACCAGCUACUGGAUAUUAUGAACAGUAGUAAUAACUCUCUACCAGAGUUUUCCAGCUGUAUACCAACAGGCAGUGCUAACAAUAACAAUGACCAUGAGAACGAUAUUCCAGUUGCCCAAGACGUGAUACGUCCACAUGAGGCCGAGCAGUACUCAGCAUAUCAUGAAACCCAGAAACCUGCUGAUGACCAGCAAUUCAAUAGCUCAUUCCACUCAUCUCAGCAAAUCCCCUCUGAUGACGAUUGGCUAGCUAGACCAUUUGAUCCCAACAUUGCCCCGUUUAGCUUCAACGGUGACAAUCUAUCUAUCGGACUGGAAGUGGAUUCACUUGACUUUUUAUGGAACUUGCCGGAUAUUGGUGGACAGUGA